GUAUUGUACUCAUCUUAAACCCUAAAACCACCGCAUAUUCUCACAAUCACAAACCUAAAACCCUAUUACUCUGUUUCUACUUUCUGUGUCUGUCUCAAUCUCAACUACUUGAACCACACCAGCUCCUCUCGGCGCUCGCUGCUCGAUUAUCCCUUCUGCACUCUCGCUGCUCUCCUAAACACUGCCGUUUGUAAGCAGCAGCUAUGGGAGGUUCUCGAGCUCAAGUUAACAAACCCCAUAAGACCCGUUUUGCUUCUAAAUCAUCUCGAAACAUUCAUAAAACACCGUUAAAAGAAAAGCAUCAGAAUGCAAAAUCAGACCGAAAUUUAAGCAAAGGAGCCCGUUCUGCUCGAAUUCAGCGUAAUAAUAUGAUACGGGAUCAGAAAAGGACAGCCGCCCUGAAUGAAAAACGAGCAUUAAGUGGAUCAACAAGUCCACCUCGUGUUAUUGUGUUAUUUGGAUUGUCUGCUCAUGUUGACUUGGAUUCUAUCGAAAGAGACUUGUUGAAAUUGUUACCAUCAAAAUGUAGUAAUGAGGAGUUUCCUACUGUUGUGUCUUCGGAAUACAAGAUGAGAGCCACGGUGAUGAAGGCUCCUCAUGGUGAUCUAUCCUCAUGCAUGGAUAUGGCCAAGGUUGCAGAUUUGAUUGCAUUUGUUGCAUCAGCAAGUUGUGAACAUGAGUCAUCGGAUUAUAUCGAUUCCUUUGGAGCACAAUGCCUUUCCGUGUUCAAAGCCAUAGGCUUACCAAGCAGCGUGGUCUUGAUCCGUGACCUGCCUAAUGACUUGAAAGGGAGAAACGAAUCCAAGAAAUAUUGUAUUUCUGGUCUUGCUUCUGAAUUCCCCGAGAAUUGUAAAUUUUAUCCUGCUGAAACAAAGGAUGAUAUCCACAAGUUCUUGUACCUUUUGAAAGAGCAAAGGUUUAAAACUCCUCAUUGGAGGAGCCAACGAGCUUACAUUACUUCUCAAAAGCUUGAGAUGCUUGAUCACGAUCCCGUUUCUGGAAAGUGCACUCUCUCUGUUACUGGUUAUAUUCGCUCUCGUAAUCUCUCAGUGAACCAGCUGGUUCAUGUCUCUGGAGCAGGUGAUUAUCAACUGAGCAAAAUUGAUAUUUUGAGUGACCCAUAUAUUUUAAAUCCUAGGAAAGGGAAGGACACAAUGGAUGCUGAUGAUGUGCCGGAUCUGCAGGUGAUCAGCUCUUUAUUGCCUGAUAUGUCAAAGCAAGAGCCAUUGCAUGUUGAAAAUGUUCCUGAUCCUCUUGCGGGAGAACAGACGUGGCCAACGGAGGCAGAAAUGGCAGAGGCAGAGGAAAAUUUGAAGCAAAAGAAAUUGAAGAGGAGGAAACUUCCACAUGGUACUUCUGAAUAUCAGGCUGCUUGGAUUUUGGAUGAAUGUGAGGAUGAUGUUGGAAGCAGUGAUGAGUCAAAUGAUGGCAUGGUCUUGGAUGAGGUUGAAAAUGGGGUUGCUUCUAAUGAGGUUUCUAAGGAUUUUGAUUUCAAUGAAGAUGAAGGUUCUGUGGAUUUAGGACAAUCUGAUGGAGAAACAGAGGCUGAUUCAGUGAUGGUGGAUGGAGAAAUGACUAGGGAUCAAAUAGAAGAUGAGAUUAGAAGAUUAAAAGAUGCUCAUGCAGAAGAUGAGGAAUAUCCAGAUGAAGUUGAUACUCCGUUAGAUGUGCCAGCUAGAAAGCGUUUUGCCAAGUACAGAGGCCUGAAGUCCUUUCGAACUUCUUCUUGGGAUCCUAAGGAAUCUUUGCCACCAGAUUAUGCUAGAAUAUUUGCCUUCGAUAAUUUUGCAAGAACUAGAAAACAUGUGCUCGCAAAAGCCUUGGAACGGGACGAGAGUAAGGAUGACUCUGUAUCAGCUGGAAAAUAUGCAAGGCUUUAUAUCAAAGAAGUGCCACAUGAUGUUGCUUCAAAUUUAUGUUUGCACGCCAAAAAAUUACCCAUAAUAACAUGUGGACUCUUGCAACAUGAGUCAAAGAUGUCCGUCCUUCACUUUAGGAUUAAAAAGCAUGACAGUUACCAUGAACCAAUCAAAGGAAAAGAGGAACUUAUAUUUCAUGUUGGCUUUCGUCAGUUUGUUGCGAGGCCAAUAUAUUCAAGUGAUAACACUGAUACAGACAAGCACAAGAUGGAGAGGUUCCUCCAUGCAGGACGUUUUUCUGUUGCUUCGAUAUAUGCGCCGAUAUCCUUUCCACCACUUUAUGUGGUUGCGAUGAAAAAAGCUGUUGACAUAGACGCACCUGCUUUGGCUGCUGUUGGUAGUUUGAUAAGCGUUGAUCCAGAUAGGAUAAUUCUGAAGAAAAUUAUUUUAACCGGUUAUCCCCAACGAGUUUCAAAAGUUAAAGCAACUGUUAGAUAUAUGUUCCAUAGCCCGGAAGAUGUAAGAUGGUUCAAGCCUGUAGAAGUGUGGUCUAAAUGCGGACGUCGUGGCCGCAUAAAGGAGCCUGUUGGUACACAUGGGGCAAUGAAAUGUCUCUUUAAUGGAGUCCUUCAGCAGCACGACACUGUGUGCAUGAGCUUGUUCAAACGUGCUUACCCUAAAUGGCCCGAGCACAAAUUCCCGCUGUCCAAUUGUUGAAAUGAUGGAAUUGGGGGUUCAUAAUAGCUGAUUCUCAAAUGUAGCGCAGGAUACAACUCACUGCUGCUGUGAUCGGGAAUGAAGCGUUGGUUCAGAGUAAUUCUUUGUAGAUUUACUAUUUGGCAUCGGUUAUGUUAUUUUUUUGUACAAUUCUAUAUAUAUACAUGUAUUACAUGCGCCAAUUGGUUUCCGGUGCAUGAAAUUUUGCCAUGUUUGUCAAUAUUUAUAGCUUGAUAGGCUCUUGCAUCAAUUUGUGAAUUAAGUGAGAUUUGAAACUGAUAAUUAAAAAUGGCGUGAGUCAAGGUUAUGUCUCAUGUCAUUCCAGUUUA